UAUAGUUUGACGAAGUCGGAAACCUGGUUAUAAAAAAAAAAAAUAUAUUAAAAAAAUUGAGAGGUAGCCAUAGUGGUCCCCACAACCAAAAGCUUUAAAUUUCGCUUGCUGUGGAAGAGCGCGGCCAAAACCCUCCGUUCCAGAGUUCCAGUCCUCAACGAACUCUCUUAUCCAAUCAACUAUAUAUACAUAUACAUAUCAACCGCCUUCUCCUCCUCCUCAUCCGCCGUCGUCGCCGCCGCUUCUCUACUAAAGGUUUAAUAAAGGGAGGCGACAUGGACAAAAUGGCGAACGGAAUCCAAUCGGAGGAAUUUUCCGGCGAAAAGGAAUCUUCUGAUCAGCAGCGCAGCUUAAAGAACACGGUUAUAAAGCGCAUAUCUACAUUGUUUUCCCCUACAAUUAGUUCUUCCAGAAAAGUCAACACAGUGAAGAUAGGACAGCUUCAAGCUCAACAAAACAAGACUCCUUUGUCCAGGAAAGCUCAUGAACAACCAGCUAACAGAAGCCAAGAGAAAACUAGUUCAGCCCUUCCUGCUACUAAGACAAUAGUAGCUGGGAAGACUCCAGCCCUUAAAGAGGAAAUGGUAGAUACCCAAACUUCUCAACCCGAACAAUCCACCGGAGGAGUUACUUUGUCACCCGCGUCUAGAAGAAGCAGUGUCCAUAACCAUAAGACUUCGGCUGUCCAGCAGGGAACCGUAAAAACCAGAACUUCAGGCUCUCAGACUGCUGAAGCAUCCACAAGAUGUAAGAAAAGCUCUGCAGCGCCUGAAACUUCAACCCCUCAUUCUUUUAUAAGAAAGAGAAAAAUGCAAACAUCUGUUAGUCAGUCUAGACCACAUGCAAGCAGUAACAUUCCUUCUUCAUCGACAAGCAGCUUCUCAGUUCUCAAUGAUGAGCCAGUCCACCAUAUCAAAUGGGAUGGUUUCAGCAGAACACGUGAAAAUGUUGGAUUUACAUGUGAUCUAUGUGAAGAAGAUCUGUCCUACAUGCCGCCAUCAGACAACUAUGAAUCUGAAUAUUACGACGAUCUGGAGUCUGACCCUUUGAAUUACCCAGAAGUUGCUAUAUUGCAAUGCGGCCAUUCUUUCCACGUUAGAUGUUUUGUUAACACCAUACCUGAUGAACAGUGUACUGAUCCUCCUUGCGUGUUUUGUGCCAGUUACUUGACUUGAAAUUCUCCCAUUCUUAGCUAGCUAGCUAUUCAGAUUCAACAAAUUUAUAACAUUAUUUUUAAAAUAAUUCCCCUCUACCUCGUUGUGAAAAGAUUCAAAAAUUUUGAAUGAGAAUUAGAAUAGUUUAUUCUUCGGCUU